AUGGAUGGCUUAAACCACGGCCAGAAGGUCAGUGAGACACCAGAGAAGGUGAAGCUGGAGCUGAAGGAGCGGAAGGAGAAGAAGCAGAAGGUGGAUGAGGACGAGAUCCAGAAGAUGCAGAUUCUGGUCUCGUCCUUCUCCGAGGAGCAGCUGAACCGGUACGAGAUGUACCGUCGCUCUGCCUUCCCCAAGGCCGCCAUCAAACGGCUCAUCCAGUCCAUCACAGGCACCUCGGUGUCCCAGAACGUCGUCAUCGCCAUGUCCGGCAUCUCCAAGGUCUUCGUGGGGGAGGUGGUGGAGGAGGCCCUGGACGUGUGUGAGAAGUGGGGGGAGCUGCCCCCCCUGCAGCCCAAGCACAUGAGAGAGGCCGUGCGGAGGCUCAAGGCACGAGGGCAGAUCCCCAACUCCAAGUACAAGAAGAUCAUCUUCCACUGACUGGCCCCGGAGCAGAGAGGGGCUGAAACAGCAACCUCUGGGACCCUCCCCAGCUGAGCCACAACCUGAGGCCCCUUGGGGAGGGGUGUGAGACCUCGGGGACCACAGGGACAGUUCUGAGUCACUGCUCAGGACCCUGCACUGGGCAGAGCCAGGAGUUGCUCCUGACCUGGAGCCACGGGCUCCUCUGCCUCAGCACAGCAGGGAGAGGAACAUCCACGGCCUUCAGAGUAUUUACCCCCCAGGGCUGUGCUUCCUGCUGGCCCAGAUGUGGCUUUUUUUGUACAUUAAAGUUGUUCUGUGUUGGUGGCC